UAAUUUCGUAUAUUUUUUUAAAUUUACACUUAAUUGAAUGGAAAAAUUGAAAUAAUAUAAUAUCGCGUUCAAAUAUACAUACAGAGAUAUCACUUUAUAUCAUUAAACUACAAUCGUUUCAGUGAUAGAAAUCUCAUCAGGCGAACAUGGUUUCGAUCUGACUGAACGAAUGAUCGCUUGUGUGGAAAUGAAGGCACCGAUUCUGCAGGUCUACCGAUCGAAGCAGGAGUUCGAGCUUGAGAAGAAAAAUUAUCCGAGACAAUUAUGUUUCGAUCAGUUCAGCAUACUAAUGAAGAGAAUGAUGCUACAGCUCUAUCGGAACAGGAACUAUCUGUAUCUGAAGAUGUGUUUGUACGUUUUCUUGGGAUUCGUUAUUGGCGGAACUUUCUAUGAUAUGGGUUACGACGGAUCCAAGAGUCUCUACAAUAUUGGCUUUUGUUUUACGACUAUUAUGAUGUUUCUCUUCACACCGACGCUGCCCAUACUUCUAUGGU